AUGACGGACAGAGCCCACCACAUCCCUGCAGAUGACUUGUCGCGAUACGGCGGAGCUACAGCGCAGCUCCCCAAGCUCGAAGCCAACGAUUUCCAACAUGCGGGGCCCCCUCCGGGCCCAGACGCUAAAUAUACGCCUCCGCCGCCAGGACCCGCCCGGCCGUGGUACAACCCACGCGGGUGGUCGCUGCGCACCAAGCUGAUUGCCGGCGUCGUAGGCGUUGCAGUUGUCGUGGCGGUCAUCGUGGGAGCCGUCGAGGGCACAAAGGCGAAUCGCUAUCCGGACUAUACGAAACUCAAUUACCACCUGGUAGAUACGUACUCGGGAACAUCUUUUCUCGAUCGCUUUGACUAUUACCAUGAUGAGGACCCGACUGAAGGGUUCGUCCAAUAUGUAGAUCGAGCGGCGGCAAAUGCGCUGAAUCUUACUUAUGCGACGGAUUCAUCCGUUGUGUUGCGGGUGGAUACCUCGAAUCAGAAUGCGGUCAAUGGCCGACAGUCUGUGCGGCUGGAGUCGAAGACCGGCUAUGAUGACGGCCUGUUCAUCUUUGAUAUUCUUCAUACGCCCUAUGGGUGCGGCACGUGGCCGGCAUUGUGGUUGACAGAUACAUUCAAUUGGCCGGCGAACGGCGAAAUCGAUGUCCUGGAGACGACCAACAAUGCUCCGGAAGGCAAUGCCGUCACAUUGCACACGACAAGUGGCUGCAAUAUGAAGGUCAGGCGAAAGCAGACCGGUGACACCGUGUAUACAACCUGCGACAACAGCACCAACACCAAUGCCGGGUGUGGUGUCCAGGGUUCGCCAGACAGCUACGGUGAGCCUUUUAACAACAAUGGCGGAGGUAUCUACGCCCUGGAACUGCGAAACGCCGGCAUCCGUGCCUGGAUGUUCCCACGGGACGCCAUCCCAGACGAUAUCACCAAUUCAAGCAGCGCCCCAGACCCAUCCACCUGGGGCACGGCGUUGGCCGAUUUCCCCAACACCGACUGCGACAUCCCAUCGCAUUUCCGCAAUCAAAGCAUCAUUGCUAACAUCGACCUGUGCGGUUCGCUCGGCGCUCAAAAGCAGUUCUACACCGAACAAUCCCAUUGUCCGGGCACGUGCGACACUUUUGUCGCAAGGAACCCAUCGGCCUUUACCGAGGCGUAUUGGGAAUUCAAAAGUUUCAAAGUCUACCAAGCUCAGUAG